GCGCGCUGUCCGGAGGCUCCUGCGCCCGCCGGUUGAGGAGCGAGGCAGCCGGCGAGGUGUGGGCCGCCGAGGCAAGCUCGCAGGGCCGCCCCCAUGCUGCGUUUUCCGACCUGUUUCCCGUCCUUCCGCGUGGUGGGAGAGAAGCAGCUGCCGCAGGAGAUCAUUUUCCUGGUCUGGUCUCCGAAGCGGGAUCUCAUUGCUUUGGCCAACACAGCGGGCGAGGUUUUACUACAUCGACUUGCAAGUUUUCACCGGGUUUGGAGCUUCCCACCAAAUGAAAAUACAGGAAAGGAAGUGACCUGUCUGGCGUGGAGACCAGAUGGCAAACUUUUGGCCUUUGCUCUUGCUGACACCAAAAAAAUUGUUUUGUGUGAUGUGGAAAAACCUGAAAGCUUGCACUCAUUUUCUGUGGAGGCUCCAGUUUCUUGUAUGCAUUGGAUGGAAGUGACCGUAGAAAGCAGUGUUUUAACAUCCUUUUAUAAUGCUGAGGAUGAGUCAAAUCUUCUCCUACCUAAAUUACCUACGUUGCCAAAAAAUUAUAGCAACACCUCAAAAAUAUUUAGUGAAGAAAAUUCUGAUGAAAUUAUUAAGCUCUUGGGAGAUGUCAGGCUUAAUAUUCUUGUCCUUGGAGGAAGUUCUGGAUUUAUUGAGCUUUAUGCCUAUGGAAUGUUCAAAAUUGCUCGAGUCACAGGGAUUGCUGGUACUUGCCUUGCAUUAUGCUUAUCAAGUGAUUUGAAAUCAUUAUCAGUGGUCACAGAGGUUUCUACUGAUGGUGCUUCAGAAGUUUCAUACUUCCAGCUCAAAACCAAUCUACUGUACUCUUUCUUACCUGAAGUAACUCGGAUGGCCAGAAAGUUUACUCACAUUUCAGCUCUUUUGCAGUAUAUAAAUUUGUCACUUACGUGCAUGUGUGAGGCGUGGGAGGAAAUACUGAUGCAGAUGGAUUCUCGCCUCACCACAUUUGUGCAGGAAAAGAACACAACCACAUCAGUGCAAGAUGAAUUCAUGCACCUGCUGCUGUGGGGCAAAGCAAGUGCUGAACUUCAGACUCUCUUAAUGAACCAGUUAACUGUAAAGGGCUUAAAAAAGCUUGGCCAGUCUAUAGAGUCAUCAUAUUCCAGUAUACAAAAGUUGGUUAUAAGUCACUUACAGAGUGGCUCAGAGUCUUUAUUAUACCAUUUGAGUGAACUGAAAGGAAUGGCUUUAUGGAAGCAAAAAUACAAACCUCUUGGACUAGAUGCGGCAGGAAUUGAAGAUGCUAUUACCGCUGUGGGCUCUUUCAUACUCAAGGCAAAUGAACUUCUUCAAGUUAUAGAUAGCAGUAUGAAAAACUUCAAAGCAUUUUUUCGGUGGCUGUAUGUUGCGAUGUUGAGAAUGACAGAAGACCAUGUGCUUCCCGAGCUGAAUAAGAUGACCCAAAAAGAUAUCACAUUUGUUGCUGAUUUUCUCACUGAACAUUUCAAUGAGGCUCCAGACCUUUAUAAUCGAAAAGGCAAAUACUUCAAUGUUGAAAAAGUUGGUCAGUACUUGAAAGAUGAAGACGACGAUCUUGUGUCGCCCCCUAACACAGAGGGAAACCAGUGGUAUGACUUUCUUCAAAAUAGCAGCCACCUUAAAGAAAGUCCUUUGCUGUUUCCUUAUUAUCCUCGAAAAUCAUUGCAUUUUGUGAAAAGACGGAUGGAGAACAUUAUUGAUCAUUGCUUGCAAAAGCCAGCAGAUGUAAUUGGAAAAUCAAUGAAUCAAGCAGUCUGUAUUCCAUUAUAUAAAGAUGCUAGAAGUGAAGACUGUACACGUAGACUGUUCAAAUUUCCUUUUCUGUGGAAUAAUAAAACUUCAAAUCUGCAUUAUCUUAUUUUUACUAUUUUAGAAGAUUCACUUUAUAAAAUGUGUAUCUUAAGGAGACAUACUGAUAUUUCCCAAUCUGUAAGCAGUGGACUAAUUGGUAUUAAAUUUGGGAGCUUCACAUAUGCUACAACUGAAAAAGUGAGAAGAAGUACCUACAGUUGUUUAGAUGCACAGUUUUAUGAUGAUGAAACUGUAACAGUAGUUCUUAAAGACACUGUAGGACGUGAAGGAAGAGAUAGACUCUUGGUCCAGUUGCCGUUGUCUUCCGUCUAUAACAGUGAAGAUUCUGCAGACUAUCAGUUCAGUGGGACUUAUUCUACGAGGCUUGAUGAGCAGUGCGGUGCUAUCCCCACACGUACUCUGCAUUUUGAGAAGCAUUGGAGAUUGCUGGAAAGCAUGAAAGCACAGUACGUUGCUGGGAAUGGUUUUCGAAAAGUGUCCUGUGUGUUAAGCUCAAAUCUCCGUCACGUGAGAGUAUUUGAAAUGGACAUUGAUGAUGAAUGGGAACUUGAUGAGUCUUCAGAUGAAGAUGAGGAGGCCAGCAAUAAGCCUGUAAAAAUAAAGGAAGAAGUGUUAUCUGAGUCGGAGGCAGAGAACCAGCCAGCCAGUGCUGCCGUUGCACCUCCUGAGAUAGUAAUUAAAGUGGAAAAACUCGACCCCGAGCUGGAUUCAUAGUCUAGACGUUGUCAUAAUUUUGCCUCUUCACAUUAUGUCAAAAGUAAGGUGGGCUAAGGUGUCUUGUGACUACUUUUAAUUUUCUUUGUGUAACAAAGAAAUAAACAGUGAAUUUUAUUUACUUUUA